UAUACCAGUAUUCAUUAAAAAGACCUCUCCUUUGUCUCCUUCUCCCUCUGCUCUUUCUGUGUUCUUUCUGCCUGCUAAUGUCUUGCAACAAUAUCAAGAUCCCGUUUGUGUUUCUUCCAGUCUCUCUUCCGAAAUUUCUCCGAUUCCGUCUCUGUCCUUGUGCAUCUGCCAUGUUAUGCAAUCGUCUGUAUUGAUGUGAAGAAUAAUUGGAUGCGGAAAGUGCUUUAGAUAAUUUGUGGUGAGAGUUGAAAGAAGGGGGGAUUGAAGUUGUUUCAUGGGCAAUACAUGCCGUGGAUCAUUCAGAGGCAAAGCAUUCCAGGGCUUCAACGAGCCCGAAGACAAGUCCAACUCCAAGCACAAAACUUCUUCAGCUGCCGGCUCUAACUCUACUGACUUUUACUCUCCCACCAGUUUGAACCCCGAACAGCUUGCUGCUCAAGAAUUCUCGACUGACACUCAGCCAGAUCAUAAGAAGGAUUCACAGUUGCCGCCCUUAAUCAGCCCCAAGAAAGACAGCAUCAUGAACCGUGGCUCAACUAACCAAGCAAACUUUGUCUUGGGCCACAAGACUGCAAACAUUCGAGAGCUUUACACUCUUGGUCGUAAAUUAGGACAGGGCCAGUUUGGCACUACUUACCUGUGCACUGAAUUGUCCACUGGAAAUGAAUAUGCUUGUAAGUCUAUAUCAAAGAGGAAGCUAAUUUCGAAAGAGGAUGUUGAGGAUGUUAGGAGAGAGAUUCAGAUAAUGCAUCACUUGGCUGGUCACAAGAAUAUAGUCACCAUUAAAGGUGCUUAUGAGGAUUCCUUGUAUGUUCACAUUGUGAUGGAGCUUUGUUCUGGCGGUGAAUUGUUCGAUCGGAUUAUACAGAGGGGACACUACAGCGAGCGUAAAGCAGCCGAGCUGACUAAGAUCAUUGUCGGAGUAGUUGAGGCUUGCCAUUCGCUAGGUGUUAUGCAUAGAGAUCUUAAACCAGAAAAUUUCUUGUUAGUAAACAAGGAUGAUGAUUUUUCACUUAAAGCUAUUGAUUUUGGACUCUCUGUUUUCUUCAAGCCAGGUCAGAUUUUCACAGAUGUGGUUGGAAGCCCAUAUUAUGUUGCACCAGAGGUUCUUUUGAAGCAUUAUGGCCCAGAAGCAGAUGUGUGGACAGCAGGGGUGAUACUCUACAUACUGCUAAGUGGUGUCCCACCAUUUUGGGCUGAAACUCAGCAAGGCAUAUUUGAUGCUGUUCUGAAAGGACACAUUGACUUUGAUUCUGACCCAUGGCCGCUGAUAUCUGAAAGUGCUAAGGACCUUAUUCGGAAGAUGCUGUGCAUGCAGCCUUCCAAGCGAUUGACUGCUCAUGAAGUAUUAAGUAAUCCUUGGAUAUGCGAAAAUGGUGUUGCGCCUGACAGAGCCCUGGAUCCUGCUGUACUUUCUCGUCUUAAACAAUUUUCUGCCAUGAAUAAGUUGAAGAAAAUGGCAUUAAGGGUCAUCGCUGAAAGCUUAUCAGAAGAGGAGAUUGCUGGAUUGAGAGAGAUGUUUAAGACCAUGGACACUGACAAUAGUGGAGCAAUCACAUUUGAUGAACUCAAAGCUGGUCUAAGAAAAUAUGGUUCCACCUUGAAGGACACAGAAAUUCGUGAUCUUAUGGAUGCGGCUGAUGUCGAUAAUAGUGGGACCAUAGACUAUGGAGAAUUUAUAGCAGCAACAAUUCACUUGAAUAAACUAGAACGUGAGGAACAUCUUUUGGCAGCAUUUCAAUAUUUUGACAAGGAUGGCAGUGGCUAUAUUACCGUUGAUGAGCUUCAACAAGCCUGUGUAGAACAUGGAAUGACAGAUGUUUUGCUUGAGGAUAUUAUCAAAGAAGUUGAUCAAGAUAAUGAUGGAAGAAUUGAUUAUGGGGAGUUUGUUGCCAUGAUGACUAAAGGCAAUGGUGGCGUUGGAAGGCGAACAAUGCGGAACAGCUUGAACAUAAGCAUGAGAGAUGCUCCCGGGGCUCUUUAGAUAUUUUAUAUGUAAAUGCUACAGGCAGGAAAGGAUGGUAGAGGAGGAGGUUUUGCAGAUGCUAAUCUGGUUCGAGAGUGUUGAGAAGCUUCCGCCUAUUAUUAGCAGUGGACGAUGGAAACAGAAAAGACUCUUAAGAUGGAUGAUAACUACUGAGUUAUUGGAGCUGCUGCUGCUGCUGCUGCUAUUGUUGUAUUGUUAUUAUUAAUUAUUAUUAUUAUUAUUACUAUGAUUAUUGUGUAUCAGUGUUGUGUUGUGAAUUUAUUAUUGUAUUAUUGUUGAAUGUAACAAUGAUGUGCUGCAAAAUCAAGUGUUUGGAUUGGACGUGAAUAGUUUUCAAUGAUAAGUGCAGCUGUAUCGCA